AACAUUGGCAUUUGCAGAUUAAUCUGGCCAACAUGAAGCGACAGUCAAGGAAUGUUAUGUUCGAUCGUUUGCACCGCGGAGUCGUGUACACCUGCAUGGGACUGACGUUGUACGGCACUUACAUGCUCGGAGUACGUGUUUACCGGUAUUUCACCGUGAUAAAACCAGCUCGGCAAGCGGAAGAGCUUAAAAUGCUGGGAGCUGGAGCAGCAAAACAAGCGCCAUCGUUGGACACAGCUCCCACCCUAACCUCGUAGUUCUAUUGCCGUGCGGAAGAAUAGCAUCAAAGUUUGAUUCACUAUGUUUGAUAGAUGUAUAGAGCCAGAGCAUUUGUUUUUCGUCAAUAAAUUAUGUAAUUGAUCGUUGCGGUGUAUAAUUUGCGAGUUGUUUAAACUCAAUGCUAGAAAAGCUUCGCAAUACUCCAUCUUUCGGAAGCCCGGGAGUCUUGCUUCGUACUACCCACUUUAAAACACGAUGCGGAAUAAAGUAACGCACAGAC